AUGGAUGAUGAUGAUGACGAUGAUCAUCUUUCGACUAUCGACCUUACUCCUUCAGAGACCGACACCAGCGCUACGGACGAGUAUAACCUGUCACAUGAUGAGGAUGAUCAUUCUCUAGCUGCACUCAACGCGGCAAAUGAGGAGACGACAGCAGAAGCUGCCGCUUCUUCAUCUACUUCGGGCCCAAAUCAAGUCAACUCGUCUGAUGUUCCCGGAGACGAAGUUGAAGAUCCAGGCAAUGGCGAUGGCGAUGGCGAUAACUCUGACUCUUCUGACUCAGAUGAAGAUGAAGAUCCUGGUCAAGACGGAAAUCAGAACAGAGAUCAGGACGGAGGCCAGGAUGGAAGUCAACACGGAGAUCAAGACGAAGACGGGGUUUCAUUUGACUUUGACUAUGAGUAUUCACCAACCGACUCUGAAGCAGAAUCGCGGCAAGUAUUCUCUCAUGCCCUCCCGGAAUAUCGAAUUCGCUGGGCCACUCUUCAUCAAAAAGCACGCCUUCGGAAGCACAGGAUAAGAGAUUUGGAAGCAAUUAUUGGAAGGCACGAAAGUGACGAAAGAGAGCGCGAGAGGCUUCUUCGAGAUGGAAUAGUAAGACGAGCCCAACCCAACCAAUCGAAUGAGAGGCGCACUCAAGCGACUUGGCCAUCCCUCAUCCGCCAGGGCCAAGUGGAAUGGGAGCGGAUUUACAAGAUUUCGUGCAAGGAGGGAAAUGCUUCGCCUGUCCUCAAAAAAAUUCACCCAGACCUGAAUUUGAGAAAACCUACGAGGGCAGAACUACAAGCAGAUUUACUACGGAGAGAGAUGCCGCGGUCCUCUAACAUACCUGCAGACAACACACCUGGGAGCGACAUGCUUCGGAGUGACACUCCUAGGAAGCAAAUACCUGGGGACAUACAAUUCAAGAUCCUCAGAUGCCUCCUCGAGUUUCAAGGCAAGGUGGUCCAUGCCAUAUCCCGCUUAGACCCGUAUCAUCCAGCAAGUGCAGUGCCGAUGAACCGGUAUCAAAGGCCAAGCUUCUUUCAUCGCCUACACGUGGGAAGGGCUCCGGUGAACAUUACGUUUGCGCCUAAUCCCAACGUAUUCCUGGCUCCAUUGCUGGGUCGCUUUGCCAAAGGGAUUCGAGCAAACGUCCAACGGCUGCAGCAUAUCGAGAUCCUCUGGAUAGGAUCGCAACAUCUCACCUUUGCAAUCAACGACCGCGGGAAAUAUACAUCACGUCGCACAUUUUCGCUAGUGUGGCUUCCGGAGGCUAUUCGCCUCAAGACUAUCGGCGUCUAUCUUCCAGAGUCCAGCGAGAUGUAUAUGCGUCGCAACCAUGAGCCGAGGGGUAUAAACCAUCAUAUGAAAUGCAAAUCCAAACUACAGCCCAAUUUCAGAGGAUUUCGUUCACUUCGUACAGUACAAGGCAUGGACUACGUCUAUUGCCUCCGGGGUCUAGACCAAAUUGAAUUCUGGGAUUUCGACCGGUGGCUUGACACGCAGCAGAGGAAGCAACCAGUGCGAGACUGGCACUUUAUAAUGGACGUAAACAACGCUGUCCGGAGGCCCAAGGAUGUCAAGAAUCGUUCCCGAUCGCAGUUGAGGAAUCUAUUUCCACUACUCAAUUCGUUUAUCCCAUCGGAAGAAGACUGGGCCGUUCUGCUCAGAGGUCUCGGGAGUCAUGAGGCAGAAGGACCUCAAGGAAGUAGGCCUGAAUCACCGGAGGCGGAGACUUCGAUCGUUACCGGCGACACCUCGCCAGAAUCGAGUUCGGAUACUGACUCCGACGCUGAUUCUGACUCUGACUCUGAUUCAAGUCCUGGUUCCGAUUCAGGUCCAGGUCCAGGCCCAGACUUAAAUCUUGGUUCAGACUCAGAUUCGGACUCAAGCUCAAGCUCAUCCGAUGACGAUGACGACUACUCUCCAUUGCAGCUAAUUCCACUACCCAAUUUGGGUGCCAACCUUCCAUCGCAACCCGCUUCACAGCCCAACUUGAGUGUCAACUACCCAUUGCAACCGGUUUCACAGCCCAGUUUAAGCGUCAACUCUUCAUCGCAACCAGUAUCACAACCAGCUUCACAACCCAAUUUGGGUGCCAACCCUUCAUCACAACCCGCUUCACAGUCCAACUUGGGUGUCAACUCAGUCAGCGCUGAAGAAAAUAGUCUCCCACAUACUGAGAGCUCACAACCUAGCAAUAUGCUGUUCAACUUCGAGAUGCUUCGUAUAGCCAUCCAAGACAGUGAUGAUGAAUCCACCAUCGUGCCAGAUGACCGAUCUGUCUCUGGACACCCAUUGCUCGACCUUACUGAGGAUGAAGAUGAUCAACCGAACCAAGAAUAUAGCCAAGAUACGGCACCUUCUGCUCAGAGUUCGACGAAUGACAAUCCGGAAGGCAGCCUCUUUGUCUCUGACGAUGGGUACAACCCGUCAUAUACACCGUCGCUCACACGGAACACCCCAGGUGAUAGAGGCCCGGGAGAUGAUUGGGAGGGCAAUUCUGACGACUCUCCCCCCAAAUCAACCGAAGGAAGCGAAGAGAGCGAAGAAAAUUCUCGGAAGCGAGACCACUUGAAGAUUGAAGAAGAAGACGGUGAUGGUGAUGGUGGUGGUGGCAGUGCUCCAGUGAGUGCAAAGAGGCCUCGCACAUAG